GGCAAGCCCCUGGGCGAGGGCCGCACGGAGCGCUACCACAUCUUCCUGCAGCGCGUGGAGACGCUGCAGGAGAAACUGUUCAUCACGCACCCGCUGGUGCGCGCCAUCCUGCGCCUGGCCCAGCAGCACGUCCCCGACCUCAUCAACGACUUCGGCAAGUACCGCGAGACGGGCGUCGUGGAGCUGGCCAAGCUCAAGUCCAGCAUGUUCAACGACAUGAAGCGCAGCGAGGUGGUGGUCACGCAGACCUGGUACCCCAAGAUCGUGGCGCUCUUCUCGGAGAAGAAGGCGCUGGCCGGCGUGCCGCGCAAGCACUGGCCCCAGUUCCUCAAGUGCGCCUCCAACGUGCUGCGGGUGCAGGUGACCGAGCUGAUGCGGCGCAGCAUCGACCACUUCGUGGACAUCAUGAGCGACGAGGCGCGGAUCCCCUUCUUCAAGCUGGACAUCUUCUACGCCGAGAACGGCCUCGAGCUGUACCCCACCGACAAGGAGAUCUUCGGCACCAUGGCAAAAGUGGUGGACUCGAUUGCCACCAUCGCGCAGGAGCUGCCCUCCCUGGAGACCUGGGUGGACGUGAGCUCGCGGGAGGAGCUCAUCCCCAUGAAGAUCUGCGAGCCCUACUUGGAGGAGAUGCAGGCGCGGCUGCUGCGCAACUUGACGCAACUGUUCAAGCCCGUCAAGGACCACCUGGGGACGCUGGCGGACCAGUACAAGAUGCUGUACAGCGACGACCUCAAGAAGGAUAUUGCGGCGUACUUGGCCGAGCGGCACGAGUUCGAGGAGCUGCGUGAGAAGAUCGACUUCUUCAACGGCUUCCUCGACAACAUCUCCGACAUGGUGGUGAACGAGUACUUCCCCGUGGCCAAGCUGUGCCAAUACGACGUGAUCAAGACGCUCAAGGAGUUCGCCAACAAAUUCAUCACUUCCAUCGUCACCGACAUGGUCGAGGAGCACAAGGCGGAAAACCGGAAAAUCUGCGCCGCCUUCGAGGAGAUCGUGGAGAAGGCGCAGCAGGUGCCAGCGGACACGGCCGAGCUGAUGGCGAGCGGCGAGUACAUGCUGUACGCCACCACGACCUUGAUGGAGGAGCUGCAGGCGCGCAUCAAGCGCCAGAUGGAGAUCACCACCAUGUUCAUGGAGCUGACGGGGCUGGACGCCGAGCACAUGGAGCUCAACACGGCCAUCGUCACCUGGCAGACGGACAUCAAGCGCACCUUCGAGCUCAACGCGUCGCUCUACGAGAAGUACAAGGUGGAGUUCGAGGAGGUGCUCAAGGCGCGCACGGACAAGCUCAACGAGGAGGUGGCCGACCUGGCGCCGCGCCUGGUCGUCUUCAACAACAUGGACAGCGUGGACAAGCUGGCCGACUACUGCGAGAACAUGCGCAAGUUCAUCAAGCGGCUCGAGGAGUUUGACCGCGACGUGGCGUGGAUCAACCGCGAGGAGACGCUCAUGAAGUUCAGCGUCUCCAACUUCCCCGAGCUGGACGAGCUCAAGGCCAUCAUCAUGCCCUUCGCCGAGCUCGUCUUCAGCUGCCACAAGUGGAAGCGCACCUACCGACUCUGGAUGGACGGGACGUUCGAGGACCUGGACGGCGCGUCCAUGGAGGAGAUUACCGACAACUUCUACAAGGAGACGCAGCGCAUGCAGAAGGCGUACCGCCAGAAGAUCAAGCAGCAGGUGACGGAGAACUACAAGCGCCGCUUCAAGGGCAACAUGGACGACCCCGACGUCAACAACCACCCGGCGCCGCUCAAGCUGUGCUACCAGGUGCUGGAGCAGAUCAAGGACUUCCGCUCCAACGUGCGGCUGGUGACCAUCCUCUGCAACCCCGCGCUCACGCGCCGCCACUGGGAGGAAAUGAACCAGAUCCUCAACAAGAACAUCACGCCGGACGCGGGCACCACGCUGCGCAAGAUGACGGAGCUGGGCCUGGAGCCCUACAUGGAGGAGUUCGAGAUCGUGAGCGUGGGAGCGCUCAAGGAGCGGCAGCUGUUCGAGAACCUCAAGAAGAUGCAGUCCGAGUGGCACGGCGUGCACUUUGUCACCAACACGUACAAGGAGACCAAGAUCCCCAUCCUGGGCUCGCUGGACGACGUGCAGGCGUUGCUGGACGAGCACCUCGUCAAGACGCUGUCCAUGCGCGGCUCGGCCUUCGUGAAGCCCUACGCCGCGGAGGUGCGCGCGUGGUACGACCUGGUGACGCGCGUCAACGCCACCCUGGAGCAGUGGGGCCGCGUCCAGGCCGGCUGGAUGUACCUGCUGCCCAUCUUCUCGUCCAAGGACAUCUGCGCCCAGAUGCCGGCCGAGAGCGACCUGUUCAACGACCUGGACGCGGUCUACCGCCGCAUCAUGCUCACCGUGGUCAAGGACCCCCGCGUGCUGGAGACGGGCGGCGGCCCGGGCGUGCUGGAGAGCCUCACGGACUGCAUCGAGAGCCUGGAGAAGAUCAACGACGGCGUGAACCGCUACCUCGAGCAGAAGCGCCUCUUCUUCCCCCGCUUCUUCUUCCUCUCCAACGACGAGAUGCUGGAGAUCCUGUCCGAGACCAAGGACCCCCUGCGCGUGCAGCCGCACCUGCGCAAGUGCUUCGAGGGCAUCGCGCGGCUGGAGUUCGACGCCGAGCUCAACAUCCACGCCAUGUUCAGCUCGGAGGAGGAGCGCAUCGAGCUCUGCGACGCCAUCUCCACCGAGGAGGCGCGCGGCAGCGUCGAGAAGUGGCUGGUGCGCGUCGAGGAGCAGAUGCUGCAGACCGUGCGUGACGUCAUCUUCCGCAGCUGGAAGGUGUACCCAGUGCACGCCAGGGAGGCCUGGGUCUGCGAGUGGCCGGGGCAGGUGGUGCUGUGCGUGUCGCAGGUGUACUGGACGGCCGAGGUGCACAACUGCCUCAAGUCGGGCCACCCCCGCGACCUGGUCGAGUACCACGGCAAGCUGGAGGAGCAGCUGGGCGCCAUCGUGGCGCUGGUGCGCGGCAAGCUGUCGCGACAGACCAGGGUCACCCUGGGCGCGCUGGUCGUCAUCGACGUGCACGCCAAGGACGUGGUGCUGGACCUGGCCGAGAAGGGCGUGUCCUCGGAGCAGGACUUCCAGUGGCUGGCGCAACUGAGGUACUACUGGGAGGACAACUGCCUGGUGCGCCUCAUCAACGCGACGGUGCCGUACGCGUACGAGUACCUGGGCAACACGCCGCGCCUCGUCAUCACCCCCCUGACGGACCGCUGCUACCGCACGCUCAUUGGCGCCUACCACCUGCACCUCAACGGCGCCCCCGAGGGCCCCGCCGGCACGGGCAAGACGGAGACCACCAAGGACCUGGCCAAGGCGCUGGCGGUGCAGUGCAUCGUGUUCAACUGCUCCGACGGCCUGGACUACAUCGCCAUGGGCAAGUUCUUCAAGGGGCUGGCCUCGUCCGGCGCCUGGGCCUGCUUCGACGAGUUCAACCGCAUCGAGCUGGAGGUGCUCUCCGUCGUGGCGCAGCAGAUCCUCUGCAUCAUCGUCGCCAUCCAGGCCAACCAGAGCACGCUCAACUUCGAGGGCACCCAGCUCAAGCUGAACCCGGCCUGCUACAUCUGCAUCACGAUGAACCCCGGGUACGCGGGGCGCUCCGAGCUGCCGGACAACCUCAAGGUGCUGUUCCGCACCGUGGCCAUGAUGGUCCCGGACUACGCGCUCAUCGGGGAGAUCUCGCUGUACUCGUACGGCUACGUGGAGGCGCGCAGCCUGUCCGUCAAGAUCGUCACGACGUACCGCCUGUGCUCCGAGCAGCUGUCCUCGCAGUCGCACUACGACUACGGCAUGCGCGCCGUCAAGAGCGUCCUGUCGGCGGCCGGCAACGUCAAGCUCAAGUACCCCGCCGAGAAGGAGGAGAUCCUGCUGCUGCGCUCCAUCAUCGACGUCAACCUCCCCAAGUUCCUGAACCACGACGUGCCGCUGUUCCAGGGCAUCAUCGCGGACCUGUUCCCCGGCGUGGAGCUGCCCGCGCCGGACUACUCCAACAUGAAGGCGGCGGUGGACGCGGUGUGCGCCAGGCGCAACCUGCAGCCCGUCGAGUACUUCUUCACCAAGGUGGUGCAGACCUACGAGAUGAUGGUGGUGCGCCACGGCUUCAUGCUCGUCGGCGAGCCCUUCAGCGGCAAGACGAGCGCGCUGCACGUGCUGGCCGACGCGCUGGGCGCCAUGGCGGCCGAGGGGCUGGCCGAGGUGGGCGUGGACCUGGCCACGCUCAACCCCAAGGCCAUCACGCUGGGCCAGCUGUACGGCCAGUUCGACCCCGUGUCGUACGAGUGGUCCGACGGCGUGGUCGCCAAGGCCUUCCGCGACUUCGCCAUGUCCACGGACGGCCGCCGGAAGUGGAUCGUCUUCGACGGCCCCGUGGACGCCGUGUGGAUCGAGAACAUGAACACGGUGCUGGACGACAACAAGAAGCUGUGCCUGACGUCGGGCGAGGUCGUCACCAUGUCGUCCACCAUGUCCAUGAUCUUCGAGGUGAUGGACCUGCUGCAGGCGUCCCCGGCCACGGUGUCGCGGUGCGGCAUGAUCUACCUGGAGCCCAGCACGCUGGGGUGGCGCCCCCUCGUGGACUCGUGGCUGCGCGCCCCGCCCCCAGGGGCACCGUCGCGCUGGAAGGAAGACUACCGCCAGCUCGUGAGCGACAUCCUGGACUGGCUGGUGCCGGCCUGCACCACCUUCCUGCGGCGCCACUGCGCGCACCUCGUGGACGCGGGCGUGUCCAACAACGUGCGCGGCGUGCUGCAGCUGGCCGAGAUGCUGCUGGACGAGGCGGCCGCCACGUGGGAGGACCUGGAGAAGUACGCCAUGCCCUGGAUGCACGCCACCUUCAUCUACGCGGGCAUCUGGGGCUUCGGCGGCGCGCUGGACACCGCCUCGCAGGAGAAGUUCGACGAGUUCUUCAAGGACCUGUGGCGCGGCAACAGCGAGGCGCACCCGGUGCCCGAGUCCGUGGGCCCCGUCGAGGUGUCCAUCCCCCACGAGGGGCUGCUCUACGACUACGUGUUCGUGUACCGCCAGAAGGGCGCGUGGAAGCACUGGCCCGAGCUGCUGCGCGGCGCCAAGAUGACGGAGACCAUCAACAUCCAGCAGAUGGUGGUGCCCACCGUGGAGUCCCUCAAGUACGGCCACCUGCUGGAGAUGCACGUGCGCCACAGCGUGCCCUUCCUGCUGGUGGGGCCCACGGGCACGGGGAAGAGCUUCUACAUCCAGGACCUGCUGAUGAACAAGCUGGACCAGGACAACUACCUGCCCGCCUUCAUCACCUUCACGGCGCAGACGUCGGCCAACCAGACGCAGGAGCUGGUGCUGUCCAAGCUCAACAAGCGGCGCCGCGGCCUCUACGGCCCGCCGCCGGGCAAGAAGUGCGUCAUCUUCGUGGACGACAUGAACAUGCCCCAGAAGGAGGUCUACGGCGCGCAGCCCGCCAUCGAGCUGCUGCGGCAGUACUUCGACCACGGCAACUGGUUCGACCUCAAGGACUGCUCCAAACUGUUUCUCGACGACAUCCUGCUGGUGACGGCUUGCGGCCCCCCGGGGGGCAGCCGGCAGGACGUGUACCGUCGGUUCCUGCGGCACUUCAAGCUGUACGCCAUCAACCCCUUCAGCGAGGACAGCAUGACCAAGAUCUUCACCAACGUGCUCCAGGUGGGGCUGCGGCGCACGGGCUUCGGGCAGGACGCCAUGCAGUCCAUCCAGUGCGUGGUGGCGGCCACGCUCGAGGUGUACCAGUCCGCCACGCGCGAGCUGCGGCCCACGCCCGCCAAGUCGCACUACGUGUUCAACCUGCGCGACGUGUCGCGCGUCGUGCAGGGCUGCUCGCUGGCCCGCAAGGAGUCCGUGGACUCGAAGCGCUUCUUCGUCAACCUGUGGACGCACGAGGUGCUGCGCGUGUUCUACGACCGCCUGGUGGACGACGGCGACCGCGAGUGGCUGUUCGCGCUGGUGCGCGCGUGCGUGCACACCCACUUCAAGGAGAGCCUGGACGUGUGCCUGGAGAACCAGUGCGACGAGCAGGGCGUGGUGACGCGCCAGGCGCUCGACACGCUCAUCUUCGGCAACUUCAUGGACCCCGACGUGGCGGACGACGAGCGCCGCUACGAGGAGAUCGCACGUCUGCAGGACUUCAAGAGCCUGGCCGAGGCCGUGAUGGACGAGUUCAACGCGUCGCACAAGACCAAGAUCGACGUGGUGCUGUUCGAGUACGCCCUGGUGCACCUGGCCCGGGUGUGCCGCGUCAUCGCCUGCCCGGGCGGCUCCGGACUGCUCGUCGGCGUGGGGGGCUCGGGGCGCCAGUCGCUCACCCGCCUGGGCAACGCCAUCAUGGGCAGCACCAUCUUCCAGCCAGAGAUCACCAAGAACUACGGAGUGUCGGACUGGCGCGACGACCUCAAGCAGGUGCUCAAGGAGUCCGGGGGCCGCGGCAAGGACACGGUGUUCCUGUUCAACGAGACGCAGAUCAAGGAGGAGGUGUUCCUGCAGGACAUCGACGCGCUGCUCAACUCGGGGGAAGUGCCCAACAUCUUCCCCAUCGACGAGAAGCAGGAGAUCCUGGAGCUGGUGCGGCUGGCGGCGCAGGGCGGCAACCGCAACAUGGACGUGAGCCCGCUGCAGGUGUUCGCCUUCUUCAUCAACCGCUGCAAGCAGAAGCUGCACAUGAUGCUGUGCUUCAGCCCCAUCGGGCCCUCGUUCCGCGCGCGCCUGCGCCUCUACCCGUCCCUCGUCAACUGCUGCACCAUCGACUGGUACGAGAUGUGGCCCGAGGACGCCCUGGGCAAGGUGGCCACGCGCUACCUGGCCGACGUGGCGCUCGACGCCGCCGUGCGCACCGCCGCCGUGCAGGCCUGCAAGUACUUCCACUCCACGUCCAAGGUGAGCGCGGACCGCUUCUACGCGUCGACCGGCCGCAAGACGUACAUCACCUCCUCCGCCUUCCUGGAGCUCAUCAAGUCGUUCGCGAGGCUGACGGUGGCCAAACAGGAGGAGAUCAUGGAGUCGAAGAACCGGUACAUGGGCGGCCUGGACAAGCUGGACUUCGCCGCGGCGCAGGUGGCGCAGAUGCAGACCGAGCUGACGAACCUCCAGCCGCGACUGGCGCACGCGGUGAAGGAGUCCUCCAAGAUGCUGGCCAUCAUCGAGCAGGAGACGAUCAAGGUGGAGCAGGCCACGGACCUGGUGCGCGAGGACGAGAAGGUGGCCAACGCGCAGGCCGACGCGUCGCAGGCGCUCAAGUCGGAGUGCGAGGCGGACCUGGCACUGGCCAUCCCCAUCCUAGAGGAGGCCAUCAACGCCCUAAACACGCUCAAGCCGCAGGACAUCACCCUGGUCAAGUCCAUGAAGAACCCGCCCGACGCCGUCAAGAUGGUGAUGGCGGCAGUGUGCAUCAUGAGGGACAUCCCGCCCGACCGCAUGCCCGACCCGGCCACGGGCAGGAAAAUCCUCGACUACUGGGGCCCCAGCCUCAAGCUGCUCGGCGACAUCAACUUCCUGCAGACGCUCAAGGACUACGACAAGGACAACAUCCCGCCCGCGCUCAUGGCCAAGAUCCGCAAGGAGUAUCUCCCCAACAAGGACUUCAAGCCCAGCGUGGUGGCCAAGGCGUCCUCCGCCGCCGAGGGGCUGUGCAAGUGGAUCAUCGCCAUGGACAUGUACGACGUCGUGGCCAAGGAGGUGGCGCCCAAGAAGGCCAAGCUGGAGAUCGCCGAGAAGGAGUACGCCGCCACCAUGGCCCUGCUGGAGGAGAAGCGCGGACAGGUGCGCGCGCUGGAGGACAAGCUGGCCCAGCUGACCGAGCAGCUGAACGAGGCCAACGAACGCAAGCAGGCGCUGCAGGACGACGUCAAGCUGUGCGAGAACAAGCUGGAGCGCGCCAACAAGCUCAUCAACGGCCUCGGCGGCGAGAAGGCGCGCUGGUCGCUGGCCGCCAAGAACCUGCAGACCAACUACGACUGCCUGGCCGGCGACAUCCUGGUGUCCUGCGGCGUCAUCGCCUACCUGGCCACCUUCACGACGCCCUUCCGCGUCGAGGCCGUCGCCAAGUGGCGCGAGUACGUCAUGGCGCUCAAGAUCCCCUUCUCGGCCGAGUUCAGCUUCGUCAAGGUGCUCGGCUCGGAGAUCAAGACGCAGGGCUGGAACAUCCACGGGCUGCCCCGGGACGCCUUCUCCAUCGAGAACGCCAUCAUCGUGGACUGCUCCAAGCGGUGGUCGCUCAUGGUGGACCCGCAAGGCCAGGCCAACAAGUGGAUCAAAGGUAUGGAGAAGGCGAAUGACCUGCAGAUCGCCAAGUUCACCGACGCGGACUACAUGAAGACCGUGGAGCUGUGCGUGUCGACGGGCAAGCCGCUGCUGCUGGAGAACGUGCUGGAGGACCUGGAGGCCCCGAUGGACCCCGUGCUCUUCAAGAUGACCUUCUCGCAGGGGGGCGUGGCGUACAUCAGCCUCGGCGACAACGUGGUCGAGUACCACCCCAACUUCAAGCUGUACAUGACGUCGCGCCUCCGCAACCCGCACUACCUGCCCGACGUCUUCAACAAAGUGACCAUCGUCAACUUCGCGCUGACCGUGGACGGCCUGGAGGACCAGCUGCUGGGCAUCGUGGUGGCCAAGGAGAGGCCCGACCUGGAGGACAAGCGCCAGAGCCUCAUCGUGCAGAGCGCGGCCAACAAGAAGGCCCUCAGCGACGUGGAGGAAAUGAUCCUCAAGACGCUGUCGCAGUCCAAGGGGAACAUCCUAGAGGACGAGACGGCCAUCCGGGUGCUGGACGAGUCCAAGCUGCUGUCCGAGGACAUCAUCCGGAAGCAGGAGGCCACCAAGGAGACGGAGGACAAGAUCGAGAGCUUCCGGCACAACUACCAGUCCAUCGCCAAGCACUCCGCCUCGCUGUACUACUGCGUCACCGACCUGCCCAACAUCGACCCCAUGUACCAGUACUCGCUGACCUGGUUCAUCAACAUCUACAUCAUGUCCAUCGAGACCGCCAACAAGUCGCGCGACCUGGACCGCCGACUGGCCUUCCUCACCGACACCUUCACCUACAACCUGUACUGCAACGUCUGCAGGUCGCUGUUCGAGAAGGACAAGCUGCUGUUCUCCUUCAUCCUCUGCACCUCCAUCAUGCUGGCCAAGCGCACCCUCACCAAGCAGGAGCUCAACUUCUUCCUGACGGGCGGCGUGGGCCUGGAGAACCCCAACCCGAACCCCGCCGCGGCCUGGCUCCCCGACAAGCACUGGGACGAGGUGUGCCGCGUGGACGAGGUGCCCGGCUUCGCCGGCUUCCGCCAGUCGUUCACGGCGGGCCUGUCCGAGUGGAAGCAGUACUACGACCUGGCCGAGCCGCAGACCGCGUCGCCGCCCCGGGCGUGGACCGGCGGCAAGGACCCCAGCCUGUUCCAGAAGCUCAUCUGCCUGCGCAUGGUGCGCCCCGACAAGGUGACGCACGCCGUGAGCGCGCUGGUGCAGAGCCACCUGGACAAGAGGUACGUGUCGCCGCCGCCCUUCGACAUCGCGCGCUCCUACGAGGACUCCAACUGCCUGGCGCCGCUCAUCUUCAUCCUGUCGCCCGGCGCCGACCCCAUGGCCGCGCUGCUCAAGUUCGCCACCAAGAUGGGCGUGGCCAACAAGUUCCAGUCCAUCUCGCUGGGCCAGGGCCAGGGCCCCAUCGCCGCGGCCAUGGUCAAGGAGGCGCAGGCGGAAGGCGGCUGGGUCUGCCUCCAGAACUGCCACGUGGCCGAGUCCUUCAUGACGCCCCUGGAGAAGAUCUGGGAGGGCUUCGACACCAACAACACGUCGCUGGGCUUCCGGCUGUGGCUCACCAGCUACCCGUCGGCCGCGUUCCCCGCCUCCCUGCUGCAGAACGGCGUCAAGAUGACCAACGAGCCGCCCACGGGGCUGCAGCAGAACCUGCUGCGCUCCUACCUCUCCGAGCCCGUCAAGGACCCCGAGUUCUUCGAGGGCUGCCCCGGCAAGGACAGGGUGUUCGUCAAGCUGCUCUACGGCAUCUGCUUCUUCCACGCCGUGAUCCAGGAGCGGCGCAAGUUCGGCCCCAUCGGCUGGAACAUUCCGUACGGCUUCAACGAGUCGGACUUCGCCAUCUCGGUCCGACAGCUGCAAAUGUUCAUCAACGAGUACGAGCAGGUGCCGUACCAGGCCAUCUCGUACUUGACGGGCGAGUGCAACUACGGCGGGCGCGUGACGGACGACUGGGACCGGCGCGCCCUCGUCGUCGUCCUGUCCAACUUCGUCAACGACAACGUGGUGACGGACGCCAACUACGUCUUCUGCCCCGGCGGCCCCCAGUACGGCCUGCCGCGCAAGAACGACUACCGCGAGUACGUCCGCCACGUGGAGGCCCUGCCGUCGCUGCCGCCGCCCGAGGUGUACGGGCUGCACGUCAACGCGGGCAUCAGCAAGGACCUGCAGGCCACCCGGGCGCUCGUCGACACCAUGCUGUCCGUGCAGGGCCGGGUUUCGGUGGACGGCGGCCAGACGGAGCACGUGAUCCUCACAAUCGCCAACGACAUCCUCGCCAAGCUGCCCCCGCCGUUCGACCUGGAGCUGGCCGCGCAGCGCUUCCCCGUCUCCUACUCCGAGUCCAUGAACACGGUGCUGGUGCAGGAGAUGGAGCGCUUCAACAGGCUGGAGGGCGUGGUGCGGCGCUCCCUGCAGGAGCUCCAGCGCGCCGUCAACGGCCUCAUCGUCAUGUCCCCCGAGCUGGACGCCGUGGCCAACGCGCUGCUCGUGUCCAAGGUGCCCGCAGCCUGGAGUGCCGCGUCGUACCCCAGCCUCAAGCCCCUCGCCAGCUACGUCGCCGACCUGUGCGAGCGCAUGCGUGCGCUGCAGCACUGGCACGACAACGGCAGGCCCAGCGUCUUCUGGCUGUCCGGGUUCUUCUUCACGCAGGCGUUUCUCACCGGAGCCAUGCAGGACUUUGCUCGCAAGUACACCAUUCCCAUCGACCAGCUUACGUUCGACUUCGAGGUGCGCGGCUCAGACGACGCAAGCGUGGCCCCCCAGGACGGCGUCUACUGCCACCGCCUGUACCUGGACGGCGCUCGCUGGGACAGAGGCGCGGGGGCCCUGGCUGAGCAGCUCCCGAAGGUGCUGAAUGAUAUGAUGCCUGUCAUUUGGUUUAAACCUACUCGAAAGCAAGAUCUAAAUGAAGGACGCAGAUACCGUUGCCCUCUCUAUCGAACAUCAGAACGGAGAGGGGUCUUGUCUACUACAGGUCAUUCGACAAACUUUGUGCUGGCACUACUUUUGGAAACAGACAAGCCGGUAAAACACUGGAUUCAGAGAGGAACAGCUCUGUUAUCUCAAUUAGACGAUUAAUAACCAUCUGUGAUAAGACUUUAGAAUUGAACUGAAACAAAAUAAAAUAAAAAUGAAUUUUU